GUAUGGCACAGUAGUAGGCAUAUCAAAGAGCCAACCGAUUCGGCUUGUAUGUAUUAAAAGAAACACACUUCCCCUAGUCUUAAAAGACCCUUGACAAGACGAUGCAGCACAGUAAUAGAGCCAAGCUCACUCACCGAAAUGCAUGCCUGCACGUGACACCCCGUUCUACCGCUCUCUAGCGUCUCGUUCCCCAGCUUCUGCGCUACUGCCGACUGGACUGGCCUCUCGUACGAGCACUAACCUGCUGUAUACGCCCUGUACUGGACUCCAUACGGGCUCUAUCGACGGCAGCCGAGCGAGGCUUCAGCCGCUCAUAUCCAUCGCCUUCGCCUCAACCGUUGCCCUUGCCUCCAACUCUGGCGCAGCGCAUGAGGCCGUCGCAAAUGCCAAGUAGCCGCCCUCCG